AUGGUCCUGACCUAUCAACCCAACCAGGUGGCCAAGUCUUGGCUGGCGUGGCAAACGGAUAAGCCAUCGGCAGCUCAUUGGCAUGGAAUUCGCCGGGCCUUGCUUUUGCGCACCCACCCGGAAAUCAAGGCUCUCCUGGAUUAUCAUCAAGGUGGUCAUGCCAUGCAUCACUUGCAUGCGGGAACGCCGUACGACAACGAUGCCACUGCCCUGUUCUGGGCCUGGGAGAAGGUCCCCGUGCGCUGGCUCGACUCGACGGUCGGCUCGGUGUUGUGGGCUUCGGCCGUGGCCCUAGCCCUCCCCGUCAUUUACUUUGGGUCCCUCUUAACGUGGUAUUGCAUCCACCCCGCUCUUAACCAGCGCGAGGUCGUCUACGCAGCCGUUGACCUAGCCGCCACCGCCGUGGCUUAUCGACUGGCUUGGCAACAGGCGGGUUCCCAGGCCUUGGUUUAUUUGGUACUCUCCACCGCCUUCUCCAUGGGUUUUCUCGGACACCCUCUGCUUGCGUUUUGGGUAACACAGCACGUGUGCGAAUCACCCCCGAGCCUGGACGGUGACAUUCUGUGCCCGGGCGAGCACCGUGCCCUUUGGCGCCAUGUGGCUCAGCGAGCGCUUCCAAUCUACCAAUACACCGCUCAACCCUCGUUGAGUUACUACGGGUCGACCAUGUACAAUUGGCUCACCGUCAAUGAACUACUACACGUCGAACACCACGACUUUGCCCAAAUUCCUUGGACGCGCUUGCCCUGGCUUGCGCGAUUGGCACCUCAGCUGUACCACGGCCAUGAUGCAGACGGGCGCCCACUAACUCCCUGUCGCUGCGGAGGACACGAGGCCGCGGCCUUGUCCGAGGAGCUGCGGUCACGUACUCCAGAACCGAAUGAGGGUCGACAGCUUGCCCCAGCCAAGAGUGCAUCGGCGUGCAGCUGUGCCGAGGUGCGACGGUUCCUUCUCAGCACCGAGCGAGCCUGGCAGGGUUGGGCGGCACUGGCGUCACCCCCGCAACCGGCAGACCAGCGUGAGGCUGAGGCCGAUACCGCCAGCAACACUGGACCUUAUGCCACCCAACGCGAACGUGCUCGCUGCGCACCCUUGUCUGCUGCUGAGCAGCUGGCGGCUGUGCCGCCCAUGACCGCACUCUAUUCGCUCUACGGUGACAUUAUUCUCCCCUGGCUCCGCGCACGAGAUAUGAAGUUUGACUUUGCCUGCCGGCACACGCUGGAAACCCACGUGAACAGCCGCCAGGCCAUUGCGUUUGACAUUUACACCCAGCUUCAGCGCCUCCCCAGCGGCGUCGCUCGUGCCGCCAUGGAAGAAAACGCACUCUGA